CGCAAGUCGAACCGGUGGCUUGGGUUGUCCGAUUUUCCGUCAUCAGGCAGGCGCUUUCUGGCGGAUGCAAACAAGCAUACGUCAUCUGCUUCCUCUCCCUUCUUCUUUCUGCGGCCCACUGCCUGCCCUCGCGCUUUCAUUUCCACUUUCCAGUAACUCCCCAAAAUCAUUCACAGCAUCGUCCGUCUCCGAUCGAUUUCCCAUGCACAUGGGAAAACCCCCACCGCUGUCCGACGAAUAGAAGCAGCCAAGCCCGAGCCAACAAAUGCCGCGGAGAAUGCGAUUCUUGAGGCCUCACUUCAGUUCAAGAAAGGCGGUGGUCAGCCGACUCUGGAAUUCGGGUUUUACUAGACACAUUGUAACUAGUUGCAGGGCAGUGUUACUUCCUCGGUUCGGAGGCCCGGUAGUGCUGGAGCUCCGGGACAACGUUGACGUGCCGCCGCUGAAGCCCAAUGAGGUCCUCGUUCGUGUUCGGGCAGCUUCUAUUAAUCCACUGGAUACCAGAAUGCGAGCAGGUUAUGGUCGUUCGGUAUUUGAACCACUCCUACCUCUCGUCUUAGGUCGAGAUGUCAGUGGGGAAGUUGCAGCUGUUGGGACCUCGGUUCAUUCGUUGAGUGUUGGACAAGAAGUCUUUGGUGCUCUGCAUCCAACUGCUCUCAGGGGCACUUACACUGAUUAUGCGGUGCUUUCAGAGGAAGAACUUGCUGCAAAACCAGCUUCAAUUACUCAUGUGGAAGCAAGGGCCAUUCCUUUUGCUGCACUGACUGCUUGGCGUGCUCUAAUGAGUACAGCUAGAAUAGCUGACGGGCAACGGCUGUUAGUAAUUGGUGGUGGUGGCGCUGUCGGUUUUGCUGCCAUCCAGCUCGGUGUUGCUGCUGGGUGCUAUGUUACAACCACCUGUGGAGGUAACAGUGUAGCCCGAAUGCUGGAAUCUGGUGCAGAACAGGCUGUUGACUACACUGCUGAGGAUAUUGAGGUAGCUUUAAAAGGAAAGUUUGACGCUGUUUUUGACACUAUUGGAUUGCCGGAAACAGAAAGGACAGGAAUCAAUUUUCUGAAGAGAGGUGGCCACUACAUGACUCUUCAGGGCGAAGCAGCAGCUUUGACAGAUAGAUACGGGUUAGUUGUAGGUCUUCCCCUCGCCACUUCAAUAUUAUUGAAGAAACAGAUACAGUAUCGUUAUUCUCAUGGAAUAGAGUAUUGGUGGACGUACAUGAGAGCUGAUUCGGACGGGUUAGCUGAAAUACGCAGACUCUCCGAGAUCGGGAAGCUGAAAAUGCCAGUGGAGAAGACAUUCCCGAUCGCGCAAGUGAGGGAUGCUCAUGAAGCAAAAGACAGCAGACGGGUCCCUGGUAAAGUGGUACUUGAACUCGACUGAGGCAAAGCCUUUUGAACAAAAUUAGCAGGCAGGUUACGAAAUUGUCAAAUGAGGAGGUAAAAAGUGAGUAACUUUCUUCUUUUCUAGUCACCUUUAGCUUAGCAAUGAUGCAUGCAGCCGCAGGUAAUAAAAGAGUUGGUUAAUGUAUAUACUACUUCUCUACUGCUCUACUUGUGUGUGUGAUUAUCAUUUACGUGCGACCAUGGACGGUCUAUCUACAUGCUCUCGUCUCUUUCUCUUUGGACUUCACUCUCCCCAUGAAGACAAGUUUUGCGUUGGAGGGCGAAUCUUCGAGAAGAUGGAGCUCAUUAUUGUCUUUCUUCUAAAUCAUGACCAGUUGACCGCCGCCGGCAACAGAGGAUGGACUGAUUAAUUGCGGUCCGAAGAAAAGAGGCAUAUCGAGAUGAAAAAUAGGCGGCCAGCGGAAGAGCACCCACCAAUUCAAACUUCAACGGCUAGGGAUAGCUUAGCGGUCGUCGGAGUCGAGACUGGAAGAUGUGACCGGUGUGAUUAGAGAUUGUUGUACAGUCAGAUUUUUUAUUUUAUUUUGGCUCCAUUCCACAUCCAAUUUGCGGGACGGAAAAGGAAAAAAAUUAUCCAUAGUCCAAUUAAGGGUGAUAAUUUAUAUGAUAUAAAAAUUAAGGGUGAUAAUUUCAAUA